AUGGCGCGCUCUAUAGCAGCGCAGCCAUCGUUCGAAGAAGUCCAAAACAUCGUCGAGAAGACCAAGUCCUGGCCCAAUGCCCCGAAUCUCAUCCCACUAUGCACAUCCAUAUCGUCCGAGUUCCUCACUCCGUCCACCAUAUAUCUGAAAGUUGCAGCAAACUCCAAACAGUCCUUCCUGUUCGAGUCGGCAGCGACCUCCGAAACCAUCGGACGAUAUAGCUUCGUUGGUGCUGACCCUCGCAAAACACUCCUUUCGGGCCCCAAGCAUGGCCUCGAGGGCGAUCCGCUGCCGCAGUUGGACAAGGAACUCUCCCAGCAUCGGAUCGCACAUAUCCCAUCAUUGCGACUUCCACCAUUGACUGCUGGAGCCAUUGGAUAUGUUGGCUAUGACUGCGUCAAGUACUUUGAGCCCAAGACAAAGCGAUCUUUAAAGGACGUCCUAGAGGUACCUGAGAGCUUGUUCAUGCUAUACGACACCAUCGUUGCUGUCGACCACUUUUUCCAAAAGGUGAUCGUCAUCACGUAUCUCUCCCUACCUGCGGCAGACGCCAGCGGAAGUGCGCUCCAGGCAGCGUAUGACAAGAGCAAGCAGACAAUAGCUGGCCUCGUGCGGACACUGAAGAGGCACGAUCUUCCGCUGCCUCCACAAGGUCCGAUACAGCUCAAGCAGGAGUAUACCAGCAAUAUCGGUCGCAAGGGAUAUGAGGGUCACGUCACGCGAAUGAAGGAGCACAUCGUUAAAGGCGACAUCAUCCAGGCCGUUCCCUCGCAGCGGAUCGCUCGGCCCACCAGCUUGCAUCCCUUCAACCUAUACCGCCACCUACGUACCGUCAACCCAUCGCCGUAUCUGUUCUACCUGGACUGUGACGAUUUCCAAAUCAUUGGUGCCAGUCCUGAGGUGUUGGUCAAGGCAGAGGCUGGAAGAAUUAUAACCCACCCGAUCGCGGGCACGAUCAAGCGAGGUGUCGACCCAGAUCAGGACCAGCAGCUCGCAGAUACGCUUCAUGCUAGCAUCAAGGACCGGGCAGAACAUGUCAUGCUGGUUGACUUGGCGCGGAACGAUGUGAACAGAGUGUGCGAUCCACUGUCGACCAGAGUGGACAAGCUCAUGGUUGUGCAGAAGUUCAGUCAUGUCCAGCAUUUGGUAUCGGAGGUUUCAGGUGUGCUGCGACCAGACAAGACACGAUUUGAUGCGUUUCGCUCAAUCUUUCCUGCUGGGACUGUGUCAGGAGCGCCCAAAGUCAAGGCUAUGGAGCUGAUUGCAGAGCUGGAGGGCGAGAAGCGAGGUGUCUACGCAGGUGCGGUAGGCUACUUUGGGUACAACCGAGUCAACACAGUUGAUGCAACAGAAGUUGAAGGCGCAAUGGACACCUGCAUUGCGCUGCGGACCAUGAUGACCAAGGGCGGUGUAGCAUACUUGCAAGCCGGCGGCGGCAUUGUGUUCGACAGCAACGAGGGCGAGGAGUACGAAGAAACGAUCAACAAGCUCAAGGCGAACAUGACUUGCAUCGAACAAGCUGAGAGGCUCCACUGGGAGGAACAGCAGGGCGAAGCUAGUGACUUGUCUGUCAAUGGAACGUCAGGCGGGCCAACCAAGGUCGAUGUUGCAGGCGGAUAG